AUGGGUGCGUGGUUCUCUCAGUUAAAGGCUGCGCUGGGUCUGGUGCCAGUCGACAAGAAGAUUCGGGUGCUCAUCUUAGGCCUCGACAACGCGGGGAAGACGUCAAUUCUGUAUCACCUGCAGUUAGGCAACGUGGUGUCUACUGUUCCCACAGUGGGUUUCAAUUUGGAGACAAUGCAUUACAAGAACAUAUCGUUCGAGGUGUGGGAUUUGGGUGGCCAGGCAAAUAUUCGGCCGUUCUGGCGUUGCUACUUCACCGACACGGAUGCCAUCAUCUACGUUGUGGAUAGCACCGACAAGGAUCGCAUGGGGGUCGCCAAACACGAGCUGUAUAAUUUACUAGACGAGGACGAGUUGCGGGACAGCUUGCUGCUGAUAUUCGCCAACAAGCAGGAUAUGAUGGGCGCAGCAAGCGAAACGGAGGUUGUUCAGCAGCUUGGUGUCGCGUCGCUGACGACCCGCACGUGGACAAUUGUGAAGAGCAGCGCGAAAACUGGUGAGGGGCUUAUUGAGGGGAUGGAUUGGCUCUGCGACAAGUUGCGCGAGCGGGGCACCGUCACCAGUCCUCCGUAG